CUGAUCAGACGUGUUGCGGUGGUCGUUUUUAAGCGUGGUAUAAAAUUUGUUUUUAAAAUAAUUCACAAGACUAAUUCAAAAGUUACAAUGAACUGUUGUUGAAUCUGUUGAACUCUGAAUAUUUAAAAUUCAGAAAACCAUAACAGCACACAAAAUAUCAACCGAAUAAACGUCGAAAUAAUAAUAAAUGAACCGAAAAGUAGGUUGCUGGGGCAACCGAUAAACAUAACAUGGCCCAGGACAUCGUGGCCAACUGCGUUUCCCAUGUUGAGUUGAUCCGUGUCGUAUUUUUGUAGGUGCGAUUGCCAGUAGGCCAGCUACAUACCUAGCUUAAUCGGUCGGUCUGGUUUGACAGUGCUACUUACCGACUUCAUACAUAGUAACAUUCGGUCCCAUUCAUUAGCCGUGGGGUCAGUGAAGUGGACGCCGUGUAGCCAUUUCGGCUGUUUAUGAAUUAUUGCGAUAAGGAAAUGGAGCAAUAAAAUCAAUGAUUAGUGUAAACGCGAAGCAAUGAAAUCGUUCGCCAUGAACCUACCGAUAUUUAUUUGCUUAAAGUGCACGGUUGUGAGAGUGGUUGUUUAAGAAAAAUAUCGAAAGCUAGCAAAUUUGGAUUGUGGAAGCAUUAAGCGACUGUUCGAAACCUGCUGCCCCGGACGGUGGGUUGGACAAAUUUCCCGACGGGGCCAGGCGGGAAUCCUUCCCCGCGUCAUUGCACAACAACGCAGUCUUCGCGGCAGGUGUAGCUGGCUGAUGAAUAUUUAUAAGUCAAGUCGAAAGACCCUCGCGGAAAAGGAUAACCGACCGAGUAGGUAUGCAAAAGUGCUCUUGGGAUAACUUUUUGAGUGAGUGUUGUCGCAAAAUAGUAAGGAAAUGUGUUUCCUUCAGCUGUAAAAUGUAGAACAACCUCUAAUGGAUCUAAAGAAAGGGCAAAACUAGGGGCUCGAGAUUGAUGAAAACCGGAAGUUACCUUGUGCAGUGUAAAAUAGUGCAAUCGUAGUUAAGGGGGGUUGCAUGUUGCAACAUCACUGCUGUUCGGUGAAACAACAGAAUCGGCAACAGACGACGACGACGACGACGGAACCAUCAUGAAUCGAUACCUGACGCUGAGCCAGUUGGGCGAUGGCACUUAUGGUACGGUUGUCCUUGGUCAACGCAAAGACACCGGCGAGAAGGUCGCCAUCAAGCGGAUGAAGCGGAAGUAUUACUCCUGGGAGGAAGCAAUGAAUCUCCGGGAGGUUAAGUCCCUGAAGAAACUAUCGCACGCCAACGUUGUCAAACUGAAGGAGGUCAUCCGCGAGAACGACGUGCUGUACUUCGUGUUCGAGUACAUGCAGGAAAAUCUGUACCAGCUGAUCAAGGACCGGGAAACGCACUUCCCGGAGGCCACCAUAAGACUGAUACUGCAGCAAAUCCUGACCGGGCUGGCGUUCAUGCAUCGGCACGGGUUCUUCCAUCGGGAUUUGAAGCCGGAAAAUGUGCUCUGUUGCGGACCGGAACUGGUCAAAAUUGCCGACUUCGGACUGGCCCGGGAAAUUCGCUCUCGGCCCCCCUAUACUGAUUAUGUUUCGACCCGAUGGUACCGUGCGCCAGAAGUUCUACUACACAGCACCCGGUAUGGCAGUGCAAUCGAUCUGUGGGCCGUCGGGUGCAUUAUGGCGGAGCUCUACACCUUCCGGCCGCUGUUCCCCGGUUCCAGCGAGGUGGACCAGCUGUUCAAAAUCUGUUCGGUGCUAGGGACACCGGAAAAGGACGACUGGCCCGAUGGACACAAGCUAGCUUCGACGAUCCAGUUCCGGUUCCCAGAGUGUCCAAAAAUCCCGCUGGAAUCGCUGGUAACCAGAGCGGGUCAACAGGCCCUCCAGCUACUGGAGGACUUUCUCCUGUGGGAUCCGGAAAAGCGACCUACCGCCCAACAGUCCCUCAAGUAUCCCUACUUCGGUGCGAUGAAACAACGAACAUCGGCCGGUGUGGUGGUGAAUGGAUUAAACGGACAUCAGCUGCCACAAAUUGGAGGCCAUCCGGGUAUCGGAGGAGUCAGUAUUGCAAACGGCUUGAAUAAUAACGGGGUUCCGAGUGCGCGAAUAUCGAUUGUGGACGUUGGACAGCUGGAAAAUGGCGGGAUCAAUAACCGCUUUAGUGUAAAUCCUGCAAACGGAAAUAGUGUGUCCGUGUCGAACAAUAGUGGUAGUAUCUAUAAAUCGAUCAGCAACAGUGAUUUGAAUGAAAUCAACUCGAUGCUAAGUUUAUCGAGACUUUCCCAGAAUGCACCGGGCGUGAUUGAGAAGCGUGCCUCGUUAGAUAAUGGGAAAUUAAGUGAUAGUGCACGAAGCAAUGGUAAAUAUCAGAGUGGAAUAAACUACAGCGUUCUGAAUGAAAUGCUCCACAGCUACAAUUUGGUAGGGUUGAAUGGGGGAAAUCAGGUGGGCAAUCACCACCAAGGUCGACUGAAUCGUAACAACAGUAUCACGAAAUCGAUUGGUGAUCAAAGUGAUAGUGGGACGGUUAAUGAUAAUGGCAGCUCGGUGAUGAGCUACUCAAUCAUGAAACCGGCCGUAGUGAAAAUUGAAGAAAAGCCCACGGAAAUCGUGUACGGCAACGGGAUGCGGAAGGAAAAAGUAAACGACAUUUUUGUGACGCGGAAUACGAGCAAAUUGCUUCAACAGCAACGACCGGUCGAUAGUGAUGAUUCUGGCUAUCUGAACAGUGGCUUCUUUCUUCAUAAACAGAACGGAAAUGCCAAAGGUGAUCAGGGAAAUGGGGGUGGCAAUUUGUUCAACGACAGCUUUCUCAACGACUCCAAGGUGUACAAUGCUUUCUCCAAGCAGCCGGCCCUGGUGACGCGCAAGACGGAUGAGGACAUCAAAAUGAGUAAGGCCAAAAUUGCAUCGCUCAAUCGGGGCCUACAGAGUCAUUUCAGUCGAAGCUGGGAUCAGACGAAGGGGAGCAGCUUCGAGGAUGAUUUGGAGGACAUUCUGGGGAGUCGGAUAAAGUCGACAAAAAAAGCAAACCACGAGUUCAAGCUUGAAGACCUUUUCGGGACGGUUUCGUUUGCGAAGGAUUCUACCACGGCCAAGUACCCAAAUACGGUUCCCUUCGCGAAGGGUAGCAUGAAGAACGGUGCCAACAACGGAAUGACCGACAUUUUCGACAAUUCGGACAACAUCAAACCGACACACUCGAGCGCCAACAUCGUUCCGCGCCGGAAAAGUCAACAGGUGUUUGUUUCCAACAACAGCUUAUCGACCAACAACGAGUUUAACGGCGUAAACGCCUCUUUUAAGCUGUUUCCCUGGGAAGAUGCGCCUCGAAACGUUCCUGAAAGGAAGCAAUGGGUUCCGGAUAGUGGAAACCUUACAUACGUAGGAGCCGGUGGAGAUGGCAAGGGACGGCCCGAUUGGGCUGCCAAAUAUCUGAGCAAAUGAGCCGGCCAGUCUAUUCUAAACAAAUUUACUUUUAAGAAACCCUUAGAGGAGAAAGCUUUAUAAGAUUUGUAUUUUCUUGUAUAAUCUAGGACCUAAGCGAUCAUUGGCAUGUGUUUGUUUAGUGUAAUUAAGUAGUUACGGAGGAAAAAUGUUAAAAACUAAAACCCAAACCCAUCUGUGAUAGAUCAGAGCAUAUGUGAGAUAGAUUGGCCGAGUACCUGGUAAGAUAGAAUAAAUCUUAUUGGGACGCAAUCAAAUCAAUAGCAGGGUGCGAAUUAUUCCGCAUCCUUCAUAUGCCCGAUUAGUUACUGACCUGCAGUUGCAA